AUGGACCCUAUCUCAGUAAUCGGCCUUGCUGAGUCGCUUGUGGGAAUCAGCGAUAUCAUUGCAAAAAGCUUACGCCGCCUAAUUAACCUCCAAUCCCGAUACAGAAGCGCCAGCCUUGUUGUCAGUCUCCUCAUCGGACAGCUAACCACUCUCAAAGCUGCUGUGAAUCAGAUUACAGAGUGGGCUGGUUCAAGCCUGUUCAACACGCCCAAGAAUGAACAAGUUGUUGCGGAUCUCAAAACAUCCUUAGAGAGCUGCAAGCUCCUGAUUCUGGUGCUAGAGGAGCGCAUUUCGCAACUUGAGCGUGAUACCAGUGGGAGUUUGAACGUUAAGGGCAAAGUUGAAUUUUUGUGGGAGGAGUCCGACUUGAAAGAGUUCUCAAAUCACCUGAACAACCAGGCGAACGCUCUCAAUCUACUCCUUACAGCCUUGCAUUGUCGGACUACUUUUGAGCGCAACGCAUUGCUCCAAGAUGAUGAAAGUCGCCGAAUUAUCAAGCGCGUGGAAGAUAAUAGAGCUUCCUUACUCUCAUUAAGGGACUCGGCGUCGGAAAAUACGAGGAGGAGUAAACUCACGGAUAAUUCUAACCUUCUGGAUACAGAAUUCGACUUUGAUCAGGAGGUUGUCACAACCAGGGUCUACCGGGCUGCACUUAGGUCUACCUUGCAGAGAGCCACUCGGAGGGAAAAAUUGCCUGAACUUACAAGCGAUAUCCAUGGCGGCUUCAACUCAAUCCCUGAGGCUGUGAAAAGUCCUGGGCGAGUCUUAGAGAAUCCACACAAUUCCGAGCCUGGCCCAUCUCACACGGCCCUUUCAAGCAAACAACUAGCACUCCAAUCCCCCCAAGCGUUCUCGGGGUUUAGAAGAUGGUUUCAGACAGACGGUGCUAUUCUUCAAACUACAGAAGUAGAUCAGUUCAGCUCUCGACUAAGCAUGUUGAGUAGUGAUUCCAGGCCAGGGGAUGAUGCGUCUGUAUUCUCUUUCGAAUCUCAAGGGCGAAAUGACGAAGGGAGGCCCGGCCAGGCGUCGAAUUUUGCCAGACCCUUACUAAGAUCUCAGAAGGCGGCCAAGGAUAAACAACUAGAAGCAAAAAGAAUGAAAAGGCGUUCAAACACAUCUCGGAUACGAAAAAUCUUCACGGUUCAUAGCAGCAUGGAUGUGCCACCGGAUGAAGCUCUCGGCCCGGAUCCAGAGGUCUGGGUAGAGGAACGGCCACCAAAAGUGGUAGUAGUAGGAAGUGGCAACAGCGGUAAAUCAACCCUAUUCAAAUCCAUGGACGCACUAUGCAAAGGAGGUUGGACAAUUGAGGAACGUCUACGGUUUCAAGAAGCCGUUUUCACAAAUGCGGUGCAGAAUAUGAAAGACAUCUUGGAAGCUAUGGAUACGCUCGGGGUCCUUCUGAAUGAUGACCACAAUACAAGUCAUGCUCAUACUAUAAUGAUGCAACCCUCGGCUCUUGGUGCUGGAUGCUUCCCUCCAGAUGUCUGUAAAGCAAUAGAAGCACUGUGGCAAGAUAGGGGGGUCAGACACACUUUUGAGAGAUCAAAUGAAUAUAUACUCCAAGACGCUGCUGCAUAUGAGCCAGGAUACAUCCCGACAGAUGAAGACGUCAUCAUGGCUCGUAUCAGAAGUACGGGUCUUUAUAGCACCACACUGAGAUCCGGUGGCAUUAGUUUCAAGUUAACUGAUACCGGUGGAGAGCGUAGUGAACGAAAAAAGUGGAUACAUGCCUUCGAGAACAUCAGCAUAGUUAUUUUUGCGGUUGACAUAUCUGCAUACGACCUUGGCCUAUAUGAGGAUCUCCACGGUAACCGUCUGGAAGAGGAUUUAUCGCUGUUUGAAUCCAUUGCUGGCUCGAAGUGGUUUGUGAAAUCACAGAUCAUCCUCCUCUUUACGAAAAUGGACAUUCUGGAGGCGAAAAUCAAAAAGGUUCCUAUUGAAAUGUAUUGUCCUGAUUUCACUGGGAACGGAAAUAGUUUAGAGGAUGUCAAGUCGUAUAUUGAGCGUCGCUUUUUGGCAGUUAUUAGUAAUCCCGAGAGAACUGUUAGAACAAUAUUUGCUAGCUUCGUUAACGGGUAUAAUAGUUCAGCGAAAUUAGUCCUCGAUGUCAUCGUUAGCCAGCUUUCGCCCGGGCUAGAUGGGCUUACUAUCUGA